UUGAUAAAUCUUGCCAGCGUGUACUGAGAGUGACAAAUUGAUUGUAUUGUGCGUAAAUUGUGUGAAAAAAACAAUGUCUGGAAUGAGAGAAAUUGUGUCUGUGGUGUCUUAGAGAGAGGAUGGUGAGGGUGAGCGUGCUGUUGUGAAUGUGAGUGAUAGAGCAUGUGUGAGUGAGCGUGCUGUUGUGGAUGUGAGUGAUAGAGCAAGUGUGAGUGAGUGUGCGGAUGACGUGUCUGAGUGUAGUGGUGGCGAGGAGAGGAGAAAAGAGGAGGAGUAGAGUCCGAGCAGGUCCAAUCGCAAGACAAAGUGGUUGGACAAUAUCGGACUCUGGCAGUGGCAGCCACACAUCUGAGUCUGAGAGUCUGCACUCAGUGGAAGUCCCACCAGCCAAAAAACAAAGAGGGCCGAAAUUCACGGAGGCUGAGACUGUAGCACUGGUGGCUGCUGUUAGCACAGAAAAAUCUGUGUUAUUCAACACGACAGUGACCGGGUGAGGGAGAAAGUGUCCCAAGUUGGAAGUGGCACAGGACAGUUCUCAGCAUCAGGCAUCGCUGAACAAUAAUUCAUAAACAGUUCUUUAGACAACAGAAUCAACUAACAAGCCAAAGGAGCAUAAAAGGAGCAUAAAUUAUAAUUUUGAAACACAGAUAGCCAGAUGAAGAAAAUAUUAUAAUAGGUUACUGACAAAAAUGUCAUUAUAUUUCUAGCCUUUCGGUUGAAAAACGAAUAAUAUUCUUCAGAAGCUCUGUACUAGAGGUUAAAUAGUUAACAUGACAUGAAAUCGGAACUGAGACACAACAUCCCUUCAGCUCUUUGGCAAAUGCAGUAGAGUUGGUCAGAACAAUUGGCAGAGAACCAGAAUGGACGCAUAGAAAGAUAGAUUGAAAGCACUUUCUGUAACAGAUGCACAGGAGCACUAGUCAUACAGAAGCAACUCAUCAGGUGAAGAGAUCUGGAGACAUGGCCCCUAAUAAUGAGACAGAAGCAGAUAAUUUACUAGAGGAGAUGAUGGAAAUCACUGGUCAAAGCCUAAUUACUAUAGAAGUCGAAGACCAUUACAAAUUCAUCAAACAGCUGGGAAAAGGAAAAUAUGGUCAAGUAACUUUAGUAAUCCACCGUCAAAAAGGAACACCCAUGGCUUUAAAACUCCUGCCAAAGACUUUUACCAAGAGGCAAAGCUUUCUGUACGAGUACUGUGUGGCUCUCUCUCUUUCAUGUCACCCAAACAUCAUUGGAAUGUUCGGAAUUGCAUUUGAAUCUUCUGAACACUAUGGUUUCCUGUAUGAAGUUGCUCUGCAUCAAGAUCUUAUCUCCAUUAUAAAGCCAACAGAAGGUGUGCCAGAACCAAUUGCGAAAGUAUGUACACAUCAACUAGUCAGCGCACUUGAAUUUAUUCAUAGCAGAGGUCUGGUCUACAGAGAUGUAAAACCUGAAAACGUCCUUCUUUUUGGUCCUGAUUGUCAAAGAAUCAAGCUAACUGACUUUGGCUUAACUCGCCCAAAGGGUACAAUGCUUAAACUAGUAUCCGGUGUAAUCCCCUAUACUGCACCAGAAUUAAGCAAUACUCAACAUGGAGAAGCAGUACCAAUAGAUUUCACUCUCGAUGCAUGGGCCUUUGGAGUGCUUCUCUUUUGUUUGAUAACAGGAUAUUUCCCCUGGGAAAAAACAUUAUCAUCUGACCCAUUUUUUGACGACUUCAUUGUAUGGCAGGAAACAGGAAGAGAUGAACAUUUAGCUUGGCACUGGAAAAAAAUGACAUCAGAGGCUAUGGAUAUGCUCAAACAUUUAAUGGACUUAAAUCCAUGUAACAGAAGUCCCGUGAACAAAGCUUUAUGGUAUUUGGACUAUCCAUGGAGAGCAGACAACUGGAAAUAAGUUGACUACUAACACAGUCCCUUGUACAUUAGUUACAUUAAUGUAGUUAUCGUGUAAAAUUUAUAUACAAUAUUUUCAUGGUACCAGUAAAGGAAAUGCAUAUUCUGUGUAGUUGAACAAUUAUUACCUAAUGUUACCAUUACUGAAAUCUAGGGAACCACAACUUGCUGUGGUGUGGGGAGAAAAAGGACACUUUCUCUGGCGUUUGCUGGAAGUAAUUCUGUAUAAGGCUAAGUCUCCACUUGUUUUUUUUUUCUGGCAGUUUUUGGAAAACUGCCACUGCAGUUUCUGAGCCAAAGUCAGAAGUGGAUCCAUAAGGGAGGAGAAGUAUAAGUACUUCCUUUAUAUGUCCUAUUCCUUUUGAAUACUUUUCUGGCUUUGGCUCAAGUGGAAACUUACUGUAGCUUUAUGAUGAUUUCAGACUCCAAAGAGGUGGAAGAAAUAGGUGUUUAAUUCGUACAAAAAUGGGAUGAUAACGCGUUUCGUGGGGACAGCAUCCCCCUACCUCAGGUCAUGGGGGGACACUUAACAAAGCUUCCUUUUAUACAUGCAAACUGUGAUGAAAAGCC